UUCAUGCCAGACAAUCAAGAAAGGUUCUUCUUGCGUAGCCAUACAAGUGUUUUACUAUAAGUUUUCAUUUUUUCAGUUGUAUUUCAGCCGCAAAGGGACGCUUUUAUACUUCAGAUGGGUUUAUGUUCAUCGUGUUUCAAAGGAUCUACAGAAGAAUUGCUUCAACCCAACGCGGAAAUGCGACGCCAACAACAGCUCGAGGCAGCUGAAAGACGCCGUCAACAGAAUGAGACGCGUGGUAUAAAAGAUCCGGAAAAGGUGCGACGCAUGCAGCAGAGAGCAGAGGACAUGGAACGACGCGAAGAAGAGGCUGCUCGCACGGGAGGUGGUCAGCCAACUUUAAAAUGGCAGCAAGAUUAGAUACAGUUUUUAGAACAUUUUCUAAAGCCUAGUCCAUACUCGGUAACUUGAACUGCGAUUUCGGUUGCUGAGAUUUCUUUAUGUUUACAUUUUGAACUAGACGAAGAGAUGCAUGUCUCAAGUCUCCCGACAAUUAUGGGAGACUUCCAGCAACCAAAAUGUAAACAUGAACAAGUCUCAACAACCGAAAUCGCAUUUCAAGUUGCCGAGUGUGGACGAGGCUUAAAGUUUGUUUUGCUGUGUAUUCGUUUUCGUUGCAUAGAUUUAUAAUUAUGUAAGGUACACCGGGGUAAGUGGGGACGGUUUUUCGUAUAGUUCAACUUUGAAAAAUCAUUAAAAAAUCAGCAGUGGGUCGAUUUUGAUAUAAUUACGUUCAAUGUAAUGCAGAACAUGUUGUUCACAAAUGCUGAAGAGAUGAGCUUGAUAGACGCAAAGCGAAAAAAGUUAUCACGUAAAUUUUUAUGGACGGCUGGUGUCUUCACUUACCCCGCUUUAUGGGGUAAGUGGGGACGGUAGAUUUUCCCUUUGAUUUCGCAGAAAAUUUUCAACAAAUUUGUGUUUUUUUGGUUGAAUACGUUACUUUAUUGCUCGAACCAUCCGAAAUUUUGAAAAAAGUUCAUGGUACUAUUAAUAAGGCAUCUUUAAAUGAUUAUUGUGUGUAAUCCGAUAUUAUCGAAAAUAUAUACUUAUUUAAAAAAAAAAAACAAAUACUUUUUCCAACUUUUCAUUAUUUGAAUGCUAAAUAAAGCUAAAUUGUAUUGAAUGAAGGAGAGAAAAUUGAAAAAAUGUGUAAACAUCAAGUAUGUAUAAGACCGUCCCCACUUACCCCAGGUAG